UAAACGUGUAAGAGCGCUGACAGGCAUCCAAGUUAGCCCACUAAAAACCGACCAGCUGGAACAAAACACACACAAAAAAAGACUAUCCUUAUAAUUUGUACCUCUGCUGGCUGGGACUCCUGCUCUUGUUUUCUUCACUGCCAUGAGUUUAGUAAGACUCUGGAGAGCUGGGCUUCUCCACCUUCUGCUUUGGCUCCUCAUGAGCUUCUUGCAUGCAGAUGCCCACCCGCAGUGCCUCGACUUCAAGCCUCCUUUCCAACCUCAGGAGCCGCUGAGCUUCUGCAAAAAGUAUUCCAAGUUUGGCUGCUGCGAUUUGGAGCAAGACAAGCGGAUUUCACAAAAGUUUGACCAAAUUAUGGACUACUUUGAUCACUCUGGGUUCCUGGUCUGCGGGAAGUACAUCCACAACAUCCUGUGUCAGGAAUGUUCUCCUUAUGCAGCUCACCUCUAUGAUGCUGAGGAUGCGAAUACUCCCAUGCGUGAGCUCCCUGGUCUUUGUAGGAACUACUGCUCUGAUUACUGGCUUCACUGCCGUUACACACUCAGUUUACUGACGGACAACAGCAUAACUGCCAGCAUUGAAGAGGAUCGUGAUAAAUUCUGUGACUAUUUGGAGCUGAAGGAUCCAGAUUAUUGCUAUCCCAAUGUUCUCAGCAGCGAGCAGUUGAAUGCUAACCUGGGCAAUGUUCAAGCUGAUACUAAAGGCUGCCUUCAGCUUUGCUUACAAGAGGUAGUAAAUGGCCUGCGUAAUCCAGUGGCAAUGGUGCAUGCGAAUGAUGGCACACACCGCUUCUUCAUAGCUGAGCAGCUGGGAUACGUAUGGACUUACUUGCGAAAUGGCUCAAGGAUUGACAGGCCUUUCUUAAACCUCAGCAGGAUUGUGUUGACAUCACCGUGGAAUGGGGAUGAACGUGGAUUUCUCUGUAUCGCCCUGCAUCCCAGGUUCAGCGUAGUAAAGAAGGCAUAUGUCUAUUAUUCUGUUUCUGUGAACAGGCAGGAGAGGAUAAGGAUCAGCGAGUUCCUUCUGUCAGACACUGAUAUGAACAUGCUAGAUCAUUCAUCUGAAAGGAUCCUUUUGGAAGUUGUGGAACCAGCAUCAAACCACAAUGGGGGCCAACUUCUGUUUGGUUUGGAUGGCUACCUUUAUGUCUUCAUAGGAGAUGGAGGCAAAGCAGGAGACCCCUUUGGCAAGUUUGGGAAUUCCCAAAACAAAUCCACUUUACUAGGCAAAGCUCUACGGAUUGAUGUGGACAACAAUGAUGAUGGUGCCCCCUACAGUAUCCCCUCUGACAACCCUUUUAUUGCAGAGAAAGAUGCAAUGCCGGAGAUUUACGCCUACGGAGUCAGGAACAUGUGGCGCUGCUCUAUUGACAGAGGAGACCCAAUCACGGGUCAAGGACGCGGACGCAUGUUCUGUGGAGAUGUCGGCCAGAAUAAAUAUGAGGAAGUGGAUAUCAUUGAAAAGGGGGGCAACUAUGGAUGGAGGGCAAAGGAAGGGUUCUCGUGUUAUGACAAGAAUCUUUGUUCAAACUCCUCAUUGGAUGAUAUCCUACCAAUUUUUGCGUAUCCACAUACAGUUGGGAGGUCAGUGACUGGUGGCUAUAUCUACAGAGGGUGUGAGAUGCCAAACCUUAAUGGUCUUUACAUCUUUGGGGAUUUCAUGAAUGGACGACUCAUGUCUCUUAAGGAGAAUAAAGACACUGGAAAUUGGACCUACACAGAAAUAUGCAUGGGCAAGGAUAAGACAUGUGCCUUUCCAAGACUGAUAAACAGCUACUACAAGUACAUCAUAUCCUUUGGUGAAGAUGAGGCAGGUGAGCUUUACUUCCUAGCCACAGGAACACCAAGUGCAGCUUCCCGAGGGGGAGUGGUAUACAAGAUAGUGGAUCCAUCUAGGCGUGCACCUCCAGGCAAGUGCAACAUCAAGCCAGCCCCUAUCCAGAUAAAGGGCAAACUUAUUCACUUCUAUCCUAAAACAGAUUUUGUGAUCGACAUAAAACCGAAAACCACUGCAUCUCCUAAGAACAAAGCAACUACUAUACCAAGCACCACCAAAUUUCCAGCAACAGCAAGAAAACGUACCACUGCAUCUCCAAGGAUGCUUACCCAAAAGCCAAAAUUCACCGCCCCAACUCAGAAACCAAGGAACCCUACUCAAAAACCACAGACUGCUGCUCCAAAUCCAACUUUUAAACCAGAAAAGGUGAAACCUACUGUUCUCAGGAGACAUCAAUACACAACCGCAACUGUGCACCCACUGCUUGGCCAGAGCACUACAUUAGCCCCACAGUAUAUCACCACUUUGAAAAUGAGAGUAGAAACCACACCUCGUAGGACUCCUCCACCAACCACAUUAUAUUCAACAACCAAGCAACCACACAGUUCCAGCAACACCAAUUCAUAUUUAACUGCCUCUAUAGCCACCACUAUCAGGCCUGUAUAUUGGACUUCAGCCUCCACAAAGACAUCCCUACCGACAAGCAGUCCAUGCAAAAGACGUAGGGGGAAAGUCAGAAAAAAUGGGCAGAGAAAAGGUAAAUUGGUUUGCAGAAGGUCUCGAAGUGGGCAGGUUAGGCUUGUUAAUCCUGAUCCAAAACAAUCAGAUCGUGGACGAGUGGAGAUCUUAGUGAGGGGUGAGUGGGGUACGGUGUGUGAUGAUCUGUUUGACAUUAAGGCAGCAACAGUAGUGUGCAAGCAGCUGGGCUUUGCUAAAGCAUUGAGGUUGACAAAGCCUGGAGAAAUGGGACGUGUGGCCACUCACCUUCAAAUCCUGCUGGACGAUGUGGAAUGUGAGGGGACGGAGAGGACACUGCUGCACUGCAAGCACCCUACAGUCGGAGAACACAACUGCUCUCAUGCGGAGGAUGUAGGGGUAGUUUGUGGCUCUGAAGAGGAGCAGGGUGUCAAGUGAUGCCCAUUUUCUUGCACGUUCCUAAAUGACUGAAAGCCUUGGGUUCGCUCUUGAUUAGUUUUUAAUUAAAUAAUUCAGGACAAUCUCUGUCUGAUUUUUAAUACUCAGAGGAACAAUAAGGUGUUGAUCACCUCAGUCUAUGACAUCUAUACUUUAAUGUUUAAUAAGAGUAAAGCUUAUUCACCUUACAUCAUUUUACAGAAGAAAGCAAAAAGGUAAACAGUUUUUAGCGUUUUAUAUACCGAUAUAUAAUAUAUUAUACAGUUAUCUGUGGGGCGUUUUACAACUUAUAUUUCUUUUUAAUUUUCUGUUCUAAGGUAAAAUAUGAAUUAAUAGAUCAAAAUAACUUAGAUAUGCAGAAUUCCAAGCAAUAUGGAUUAGCUCCAAGAAUGCUCAUAACCACUCCUUAUGGCAUUAAAAUUAACUUUAGUGAU